AUGCUUCAAGUUAGUGUCCUUCUGGUUGUGCUGGCCGUCUCACAGGCCAACCCUGACAGCUAUGGUCCAGUGUAUGCUUCUGUCCCAAUUCCGUACGGCUUCAACUAUGCCGUGAACGAUGCUUACAAAGGAACCAACUUCGGACAGACGGAGAAGUCCGACGGGAACAGCGUGUGGGGAUCCUACACCGUCGCCCUCCCCGACGGCCGCAAACAAACUGUCGACUACACAGCAGACCACGGCAGGGGAUUCGUGGCCAAGGUCAGCUACUCCGGCAAGGCUCAGCACCCCAAAGUUUCCGGUCCUCCCGUCGUUAGUGUCCUUCUGGUUGUGCUGGCCGUCUCACAGGCCAACCCUGACAGCUAUGGUCCAGUGUAUGCUUCUGUCCCAAUUCCGUACGGCUUCAACUAUGCCGUGAACGAUGCUUACAAAGGAACCAACUUCGGACAGACGGAGAAGUCCGACGGGAACAGCGUGUGGGGAUCCUACACCGUCGCCCUCCCCGACGGCCGCAAACAAACUGUCGACUACACAGCAGACCACGGCAGGGGAUUCGUGGCCAAGGUCAGCUACUCCGGCAAGGCUCAGCACCCCAAAGUUUCCGGUCCUCCCGUCGCUACUAUAAUCCUCGUUGUGUUGGCCGUCGCCCAGGCCUCUCCUGACAAUUAUGGGCCAGUUUAUGCCUCUGUCCCUAUACCAUAUGGUUUCAACUAUGGUGUGAACGACGCUUACAAAGGAACCAACUUCGGACAGACGGAGAAGUCCGACGGGAACAGCGUGUGGGGAUCCUACACCGUCGCCCUCCCCGACGGUCGUAAACAAACUGUUGAUUACACAGCAGACCACGGCAGGGGAUUCGUGGCCAAGGUCAGCUACUCCGGCAAGGCUCAGCACCCCAAAGUUUCCGGUCCUGCUGUCGUCUUCCCGCAGAACGGAGGCGGAUACCACUAA